AUGAGCAUUCUCACGUUCACAUUUCAAAUUCUUACCAUUUGCGGAUGUUGGCCAUCCAAUUCGUGGACGUCACCAUACAAACGUAUUAUGUACAAUGUAUACACAGUCUGCAUAGUUCUUUUAAUGAAUACGUUUAUGUUGUCGCAAGUGCUGGAUAUAAUUCUGAACGUCGACAACACCGACGAUUUUGCCGAUAAUUUUUACGUGACGCUUGCCAUGAUCGUUUCUUGCUUCAAGAUGUUUAGUUUAUUGAGAAAUCGCAGCAACAUUGCGAUGCUGAUCGAUAUUCUAAUGAAGAAACCAUGUAAGCCCAUUGAACAGGAUGAAAUAGAAAUUCGACAGAAAUUUGAUAGACUUAUACAGACAAACACAUUCUGUUACGCGGCUAUGGUCGAAAUAACAUGUGCAUUUGCAAUAGCAACAUCAGUGUUCAAAGAUUACAGGAAGAGUAGACUACCUUUCAGAGCAUGGUUACCAUUUAAUUACUCCUCGCCGAUGCUAUUUCGAAUCGUUUACGUGCAUCAAUCGAUAAGUAUAACGGCAGGAUCGAUGCUUCACAUCGCUUGCGACAGUCUAAUUUGCGGAUUAUUGAUGCAUGUCUGCUCUCAAAUAGAGAUAUUCGAGUGUCAUCUGAGGAAAGUCGUAAACAACUCGCAUUUUCUUGAAGAGUCAGUCAUGCAACACAUAUGCGUCUCUAAAUUCGCGUUUCUGGUGAACAAAAAAUUUAGAUCGAUCAUCACCGUUCAGUUUGUAGUAAGCACGUUGGUAGUGUGUUUUAAUCUGCAUCAACUGACACAGAUGAGCGUAAAUGCGAAAUAUGUUCAAAUAAUGUUAUAUAUGUGUUGCAUGCUGACACAAAUCUUCUUUUAUUGCUGGUACGGAAAUGAAGUCAAGCUUAAGAGCCAGCAACUGAUCAGAAACGUGUUCGAAAUGGACUGGUUAGCUUUGGAUCAUAACAUGCAAAAAAGUUUGUUAAUAAUUAUGAUGCGCGGUAUGGUACCUAUUGAAUUUACGAGUGCCUAUGUUAUCUCUAUGAAUCUUGAAUCAUUCGUUGGUUUGCUCAAGACAUCAUAUUCUGCCUACAAUAUACUUCAGCAAAUGAAAAUUACAAUGCGCGUAUUAGACUAUACAUUAAAAAUUUUAACAAUCUGUGGUUGCUGGACCCCGGACUCUUGGACGUCUUCCUACAGACGUCUCCUGUAUCAUGUAUAUGCAAUUUUCAUACUUGCAUUAAUAAGUACGUUUACACUGUCGCAAUUUCUGGAUCUGAUUCUAAUAGUGGAAAAUCCGGACGACUUUACCGAUAAUUUCUAUAUGCUUCUUGCCAUGAUCGUUUCUUGCUUUAAAAUGUUUAGUUUGCUAGUAAAUCGCAGCAAUAUUGCGAUUUUAACAGAUAUUCUUAUGAAUAUACCAUGUAAACCAAUUGGACCAGAUGAGGUGGAAAUUCGACAGAAAUUCGAUAGACUUAUCGAAAUGAAUACGCUGCAUUAUGCGAUUCUAGUUGAAUUCUCAAGCUUAUAUUCGGUGGUACAAUCAUUAUUCACGGAUUAUCGGGAAGGGAAGUUAACAUACAGAGCUUGGUUACCCUUCGAUUAUUCCUCGGCAGUACUUUUUCAUUUUAUGUACUUUCAUCAGUUAAUAGCCUUACUUGUCGGGGCUCUUCUACAUGUUGCUUGCGACAGUCUGAUAUGUGGAUUAAUAUUGCACAUAUGCUGUCAACUAGAGAUAUUGAAUUCUCGUUUGAAAAGAGUCAUACGCAAUCCAAAAAUUCUUCGUGGCUGCGUCGUUCAACACAAUCUUAUGAUAAAAUUUGCCUUUAUGGUGAAUAAGAAGUUCAGAUUCACUAUUACCUUUCAAUUUAUAGUAAGUACGUUGGUAGUGUGCAUUACAUUAUAUCAACUCACAAAGACAAAUGCGAAAGUCAUUCAAUUAGGAUUAUACAUGUCGUGCAUGCUAACACAAAUCUUUUUGUAUUGUUGGUACGGAAAUGAAGUUAAAUUAAAGAGUAUGCAGCUGAUCAAUAACCUAUUUGAAAUAGAAUGGCUUUCUCUGCGGGAAGAUAUAAAGAAAGAUUUAUUGACAAUCACAAGGUGCGGCACUGUUCCCAUCGAAUUUACGAGCGCCUAUAUUUUCCCCAUGAAUCUCGAAUCGUUUGUGGGUUUACUCAAGACAUCAUAUUCGACUUACAAUAUACUCCAGCAAAUGAGAGAUGAAAGUGUCGAAGGUAAAUAG